AUGGCGCGGCGGCUGAUUCCGCUGCUCGACCGGGUGCUCGUGGAGAAGGUCGCGGCGCCCACCAAGUCCGCCGGCGGCGUGCUGCUCCCGGAGACCAAGAAGGUCAACGAAGGCACCGUGGUGGCAGUGGGCCCCGGCCGGACGACCACGAGCGGCGAGCUCGUGCCGAUGCCGGUCAAGGAGGGCGACAAGGUCAUGCUCCCGGAGUUCGGCGGGCAGCCGAUCAAGGAGGGCGAGCGGGAGUUCCUGUUGUACCGGAGCGACGACCUCCUCGCCGUCAUCAAGGGGGAGUAA